ACUCAGUGAUAAUACCUCACAAUGCUUCCCCUACACUCUGGUUAAUGUUUACUUGUGGAAUACGAGCUAUUUAAAUAAUUGUCAGUGCCCUGGUCACAGGGUUUGCUUUCAGUGGCGAAGCACAGUGUAUUUGACGUGGUUUGACAGUUUUUUUGAAGACACAGCAACAACUUCUAUAUCAAGGUCAAGUUUUCAGGAAAGCUUCUUCUGCAGUGCUUGUUUUUGUCUCAGCGUGUUGAAAAUGGCGGGUGUAAGCAGCUGCAUGAAGUACUCGAUGUUCAUCUUCAACUUCUUAUUUUGGGUGUGUGGUUCCAUUAUUUUGGGAGUCUCUAUAUGGAUACGUGUUAGCAAAGAUGCUCAGCAGGAGUUGGAGAUAGACAGCAGUGUGUUUGCAGGGGUUGAUCUACUGAUAGCCGUGGGCUCCAUCAUUAUGAUUCUUGGGUUUCUGGGAUGCUGUGGAGCCAUAAAGGAGAGCCGGUGCAUGCUGAUGUUGUUUUUUAUUGGGCUGCUUCUGAUCCUGAUCCUCCAGGUCACAGGAGGUAUUUUAGGAGCAGUGUACCGAUCUCAGAUUGAAACAUCCCUUAAAGAGACUCUCCAGGAGAGUGUGAAUACAUUGCAAAGUUCUACAGAAGAAUCUAAAGUGCUUCAAGAGAAGCUCCAGGAGUUUCAGACAAUGAACCAGUGCUGUGGUUUGCUGAAUGGACCUUCCGACUGGGGAAAAAAUAUUGGUAACAAUAAAAUCUGUGAGUGUGAACUGAAGAGCUCAUCAGAUCUCUGCACCUACUAUCAAGGCAGAUAUGUUUAUAAAAACCCUUGUGGAGAUGUGAUUAUCGAUUACCUUAAAGACCAUCUGCUCAUAAUUAUGGGGAUUGCUUUUGGACUGGCCGUUAUUGAGAUUAUCGGUUUGGGGUUUUCUAUGAGCCUCUACUGCCAGAUCGGGAGAAAAUGAAACUGUGGAAGUGUCAGAACCGUGUCACCAGCCAAAUCAAACCCUUUGCAGAUAGAAGGAUAUUUGACUUGGCACAUUCAGAGAUACAUGCAUGGCCCAGGCAUGUCUGAUGAAAAUGGCAGCACACUGAUGCUUCACAAUUUUCAAAACAACCUCCUUAUACUUCAUAAGAUUUAAUGAUGUGAAUGUGAAUUUUUAUUUGGAGUAAACAUCUUUGUUUAUGUUU